UGAGUCAUUGUCAUCUUAAACCUAACCUAACAUAACAAAAGGAAAAUAUUUCGAAAAUUUUCUUUUCUCAAAAAAUUGAGAUGCAAACAAACAAAAAUGAUAAAAAACCUACAGAGAUGGUUAAAAGUGGGGAAGGUAUGAAAAUUGGGCGAAAGAGAAAAGACAAAACCACUGAAGAUGAAGACAUGGGAUUCGGACAUUGGGGGGGUUACAUGGAAGCCAAGAAAGCGAAACUCCUGGACCAAUUCCAUGAUUCUGAGAUAAAAAAGGUUUCAAGCCUUUUUGAAGGAAUAGCUAUACAUGUCAAUGGCCUUACAAAACCUCCUCUGCAUGAACUGAAAAAUUUGAUGGCUGCACAUGGUGGUAUUUUUCAUGCUUACCAGGUGUCUAGUACCACACAUAUAAUUGCUUCAAAUUUACCAAAUGUGAAGAUAAAACAUCUAGGUUCAGUGCCUGUAGUUAAGCCCUCAUGGAUAACAGAUAGCAUUGAUUUGAAAAAAUUGUUGGAUUAUCGCAGAUACCUUCUGUACUCAAAUCAGAGCAAAUCACAACCUAGAAUUGAUUUCCCAGCUGUUGAAAAACCCUCAACAAGUGGGUUUUCAGUAGAUGAAAAAUCAUCCACCAGUGUUGAAAGUGGACCAAAUAUAUUUGAAAAGGCUGAAGUAAAGCCUGAAGUAAAUAGUGUAGGUACAACAAAGGUUGUAGCUCAGCAAAAUCCUAAGUUUCCAACAAAAACUGCUUCUGAUCCCAGUUUUUUAGAGGAAUUUUACAAUAAUUCUAGGUUGCAUCUAAUUUCAACACUAGGGGCUGAAUUUAAACAAUUAGUAGGUGAAAUGAGGGAUAGAUCUGAUGGAAAAUUCCCUGGUAGAGAAAGAUUGACACACAAAGAUCAUCAAGGUACAGUAUACAUACAUACGGUGAUAAUGCACAUUGAUAUGGAUUGUUUCUUCGUUUCCGUUGGCCUGAAAAACCACCCCGAUCUCAGGGGUAAACCGGUCGCAAUCACCCACGCCAGAAAUGGCCAAUUAGCGAACGUCUCUAGCGAUCAGAAAGCUGACCGGGAACGAGAGUUCGCCCUGUAUGGUGAAAGGCUGCCUGCGGGAGCCAUGUCUAGGGUGGACAAAAUAGACGCGCAGUCUAGCAUGUCGGAAAUAGCUAGUUGCAGCUAUGAAGCUAGGAAGUUUGGAAUAAAAAACGGCAUGUUUUUGGGACAAGCCGUGAAAUUAUGCCCUGAACUGAAAACCUUACCGUAUGACUUCGAGGGAUACAAAGAAGUAUCGAACAUGUUGUACAAAACCAUUGCCUCAUACACUUUGGACAUUGAAGCAGUGAGUUGUGACGAGAUGUACGUGGAUAUAACGAAAAUUCUCAAAGAAUCCGGUUAUACCGUUGAGCAAUGGGCCAAUCAUAUCCGGAAUGAAAUCAGUAAAGUAACUGGAUGUCCUUGUUCCACUGGCUUCGGUGCGAAUCGUCUUCAAGCGAGAUUAGCAACUAGAAAAGCAAAACCUGCUGGACAAUAUUACCUGCAAGCUGAUGAUGUUGAAGCUUACAUGGCAGAUAUUCCUCUGUCUGAUCUGCCGGGGGUAGGUAGAGCUACCCUGGCUAAAUUGAAGAAUUUGGGGCUUAACACUUGCGGAGACGUACAGGUGGCCUCUCUAAAAGUUCUACAAUCUGAAUUGGGACAAAAGGCAGGAGAAACCUUGAAAGAACAGUCUAACGGUAUCGAUAACAGACCGUUGAAUUUCCACCACGAGAGAAAAUCCGUUUCUGCUGAAGUCAAUUAUGGUAUACGUUUCCAAACCAUCGAGGAAUGUUACAAUUUCUUGCAAAGUUUAUCAAACGAAGUGUACAACAGACUGAGUGAUAUCAACAUGAGAGCCAGAUGUCUCACUCUGAAAUUGUUAGUUAGAGCAGCUGAUGCCCCAGUGGAAACUGCGAAAUUUCUUGGUCACGGUGUUUGUGACAGUCUCAGCAAAAGUACGAAAACAAACCUGGUGAUAAAUAGUUCCCAGAUAAUUUUCAAAGAAGCUAAAUCUCUGUACGAAAAACUGAAUCCCCCCUUUGCAGAUUUGAGAGGGGUUGGAAUACAACUCAGCAAACUAGAAAAAAACGCCCCUACGAAUACAGCUCUCAGCAAUUUUCUCAAACAAGCACCUGAAAGAUCAGUAGAAAAUACGGAGAAACCAGUGAUGAUUGAAAAGGUCGAUUUCAAAGAAAAAACUGAUGAUAAAUCUAGUGAAAAAAAGAUUAGCUUGAAUAAGAAAGUAGUUCAAACGAAGCAAAGCUCCAAAAGAGGUCGCCCAAAGGGCAGCAAAAACGGGACCAUUAAAACCACGAAAAAUUCGACUCCAACAGCUUCCCUGAAUAGGUAUUUUGCUAAGUCGAAGAAUAUUGAGGUGAACCAAAAAUCUCAACAGUAUAUUCCGGUCAAUAGUCAAAUUGAUAUGGAUGUGUUGAAAGAACUGCCAGAAGAGUUGAGAGAAGAAAUUAUAAAAGAAUAUCAACUGAACGUCAAAAAAGUGGAGGCUCAGGACACAACUAGCAAGCCAGCUUCUAGGAUAGAAAAUAAAGUAUCUCAAUCAGAGAAACAAGUAUAUCAAGUUGAGAAAAUUCUUCCACCAAAACCUACAAAUACAGUUCCAAUGAGCAGAAAAUCUCCUUUUGCCAAUUUAACGUGGGAGCAAGUGAAACCAAUCAUAAAAAAAUGGACUCAGUCUGGAGAUGAACCAUCUAAUAUCGAUAUUGAAAUGAUAGCCGAUCAUUUCAAGCACCUCGCUAUUGAUAGAAAAAUAGAGAUAUUGCAAUCCGCCUUCAACUUCCUUCACAGGAUUUUUUCUGUGUUAACUUGUAACUGGCAUGCGGCCUAUUUCAAAAUAGUGGAUAUCAUGCAACAAGGUAUGGUAGCAAGGUAUGGUGGAACAUUAGCAGUAAAAAGAAAGUUUGAAUGCUGUGAAAUGUGACAAAUUAUUUUCAACCCUUAUAAUUUUAUUUGUGAAACAUUCUAGCCAUAACACUGUGAUACAUUUUUUGAAUAAAUCAUAUUUUUAUA